CACCCCUAUCACCUCCCUUUAACCUGUAGGAGGUGUCUGUGCGGAGUGAGAGAAAGGACAGUGGUGCUCCAGGCGACGGACUGCAAGAGCCUACCCAGCCUACAACACAUGGGGACAGUAAUCAACCACCCAGGAGCAUACAGUACAGAGCUCAUCUGAUCUGUCAAAUUCAAGACUGGAGUGUUGCUUGUACUUGGAGACAUCCUUUCUAGCAUUGGAAGUAGCAGUGACAGCCAGCCCUAGCAGCAGGCAGUAGGUAGGCAGCGAGCAGAGAGAGGUGUGUGUGUGUGUGUGUGUGUGUGUGUGUGUGUGUGUGUGUGUGUGUGUGUGUGUGUGUGUGUGUGUGUGUGUGUGUGUAACCUGGCCUGCCAGUUCCGGGGAGAGCGGAGGAGUACUGUUACACUCCCUGACAGACCUUAUACAUGUUUCAUCUGCUGCUUGGAGAACAGACGGGGUGUUUGUUGUCUAUUUCAGCCCUCUCUCCUGGCCCGAGACGCUGCUGCAAACCGUUAGCCCUGUUGUCGCCUGACGACCAGCAACAGCCACACAUCUCCCCAAAGCUGAGGACCAGGCCAGGCCCCGGGUAUCUGAAGGACUCACCUACUCACCUGUCAGGUCAUGCACAGGGACAUGGAGUAAGCGAACUUUGAAAACUAGUGGUAAGGAUCCAGGAGAGUAUAUAAGGCUAUAUGAGAGAUCAGUAAAUGAGGACGACCCUGGAUUUUUAAGUGUCUCUGUGCUGUUGCAGCAUCUUGGCACCUGACUCAACAACCAGCUACCGCCUCAGCUUCCGCCAACUACAGCUCCCAGCAAGCCUGCCAACUGCUAAAACGGCGAGCCAGCCAGCACUUCUCCUCCAAUAUCCACUGUCCUUGACCAUGAACGAGAACUUACGGCCCCCAUCACUCCAGGUGAGCGUUCCCCGCGAUGCCCCUGCCUACUCGGAUGGGGGGAACGGCGGGGUCUCAGAUGACCCUGUGUGGUCAAGCUUGUCCACCCCAACGCUACGACGCAAGCGCUUCAAGAUGAGGCGCAUGAAGAACGCGCCCAGUGAGAGGGAGAAGGACAGGGGCAGGCUGGUGAAGGGGUGGCUAGCCUCCACCCGCUCCCACUCGGGCUCCAAGGAGUACCUGCAGCUGCCCUCCAUCGAGAUCACCCGGUCCAGCGACGAGGAUGGGGCCUCCUGGUCCAAUUUCUCUACGCCCAGCGCCUCACCCCGACGCAAGCGCUUCCUGCUCCGCAAGUGGCUGAGGGUGAGAGAGAAGAAGGAGCACACCGGCAGCGAGAGCAGCAGCCAGCAGAGCAGCCAGCAGAGUAGCCAUGACGAUGACUCCACUCGCUCCCUGACUCCCUUCAACCUAGAGGAGAGGUCUGACAGUGCAGCGGACAAGAUCAGCACUGCCAGUAACUCCAACAGGAGCACGCCCGCUUGCUCGCCCGUCUUGCAUCCUAAACGCUCACGCUCGCCCACGCCCCAGAGCCUGGAGCCUGGUGAGAACAUGGUGGAGAAGGGCCACUCUGACCACUCUGACAAGUCCCCCUCCACCCCCGAGCAAGUGGUACAGCGAACCUACUCUCUGCAGUCCGCCCGCAGCGGAGGCAAGAACUCCAAGAAGAGCCAGAGCUGGUACAACCAUGAAAGACAACACAUCCUGAGAGUGUUGAGCCCCACAUAUAAACAGCGUAAUGAGGACUUCAGGAAGCUCUUCAAGCAGCUACCGGACACAGAGCGACUCAUCGUGGAUUACUCCUGCGCCCUGCAACGAGACAUCCUCCUGCAGGGCCGACUCUACCUCUCAGAAAACUGGAUCUGUUUUUAUAGCAACAUCUUCCGCUGGGAAACGCUGCUGACAGUGAGGCUGAAGGACAUCUGCACCAUGACAAAGGAGAAGACAGCCCGCCUCAUCCCCAACGCCAUCCAGGUGUCCACAGACGGUGACAAGCACUUUCUCACCUCAUUUGGAGCGCGGGACAGGACCUACAUGAUGAUGUUCAGGUUAUGGCAGAAUGCACUGCUGGACAAACCCCUGUGCCCCAAAGAGCUAUGGCACUUUGUCCAUCAGUGUUAUGGCAACGAGCUUGGCCUGACCAGUGACGACGAGGACUAUGUUCCCCCUGACGACGACUUCAACACCAUGGGGUUCUGUGAGGAGAUUCCUAACGAGGAGAAUGAGAUCAGUAAUGACAACUUGUCUAAGAGCAGUGCCGAGGCCAAGCACGAGGGCAGCCCUCCAUCCAUACACAAGAAAUGCAUCAUCACCAACAGCACCAUCAGCUCAACCAUCAGCAGCGAGCCCCUCUCUGUGAGUCUCAGCGACAUAAUAGAGUAUGACCUCCCUCCAGACGAAUACAUCGACUGCCUCCCUAACGGGGAGCUGCUGGCCUUGCCCCUGGUGCUGGAGCAGAGGCUAGCGGAGGCCAGCGGCCUGGUGCCCUCAACCUCCCUAGACUUCAACGACAAUGAAGACAUCCCCACCGAACUCAGUGACUCCUCAGAGACCCACGACGAGGCAGGGGAAGUGCAGGCCUUCCACGAUGACCUUAAAGGGAGACAGUACAUCGAUGAGGUUUACAAGUUCAGUGUGGACAAGAUGUACGACAUCCUCUUCACAGAAUCCCAGUUUAUGACCGACUUCAUGGAGCAGCGCAGGUUCUCUGAUAUAGUGUUUCACUCCUGGAAGAAGGACGACGCAGCGGGGAACCAGACGAGAGAGAUCAUGUACACCAUCUCCCUGUCCAACCCGCUGGCCCCCAAGACAGCCACUGUCACAGAGACCCAGACACUGUACAAGGCUAGCCAUGAGAGUGAGUGCUACAUCAUCGAUGCUGAGGUCAUCACACACGACGUGCCCUACCACGACUACUUCUACACGCUCAACCGUUACAUGCUGACACGGGUGGCCAAGAACAAGUGCCGUUUAAGGGUGUCCACUGAGCUGCGUUACAGAAAACAGCCAUGGGGAUUAGUGAAGGGCUUCAUCGAGAAGAACUUCUGGAGCGGGCUGGACGAGAACUUCCGCCAUCUUGAGUUGGAGCUGUCGAAGGUGGAGGAUGUGGUGUUGGAGUCGGCCCGGCCCUCUCCCAAGGUCAAGGUGGUGAAGACGUCUGUGAGGCGGAGGAAAAGACCACUGGUCCAAUUACGGAGCCAGCACCUGGACGACGCCCUCCUCAGCCCUGUCACCACGCCAACCGACGACGAGGUCAUCCACCGCAUCAAACAUGUGGGCGUGACAGGUUCCACUCAGACCAGGCACAUGCCUGAGCACCUCCCUGGAGGCAUUGCCCUCUACAGUGUCUCCAAACUGCUGCUCAUCAUCAGCUUUGUGAUCUGUCUAAGCCUGGUUUUGCUGGUGUUGCUCAACAUGAUGCUGUUCUAUAAGCUGUGGAUGCUGGAGUAUUCUGCACAGCCUCUUACCACCUGGCAAGGGCUGCGGAUACAUGAGAAUAAACUGCCCCAGACGCAAAUGGAGUGGGCCCAGCUCCUGAAGUCCCAACAGCGUUACCAUGAUGCUGAGCUGCAGAAGUGGAGAGAGAUCAUCAAAUCCUCCGUGGUACUAUUAGACCAGAUGAAAGACUCUCUAUCGAACCUUCAAAAGGGCAUUGACUUAAGGGACUACAGCUCAGAAGCUGAGGAGAAAAGAAGCCGUUACCACUGACAUACGACCUUAGGCCAUGCGGGCAGGGUGUGCAAUAUAGGAGCUGUUUGUGAUUAAGUAUGCAAACAAACAAAGAGAGACAAGAGAUCGACCAACCGCGAGGCGAGCUGGGCCCAGUGUGACAGGGAUGGCUGCCUGCUGACGCCCCCCCCCCCUCAGCUCACAGAGGUCACGAUCCCGCAAGUCAGACUAUGGAUAGGAAGUGCACCUAUCACAGAAAGGAAAUUAACAGUGGUGGUGUUCCCACAGCACUGAAGCAUUGUGGGAAGGUGACAGCCCAGCUUACCUUGACCCCACUUCUGUCUCUUAUUUUUCUUUGUCUUUUAAUGUUGGAAGGACAUCGUCCUAUCAGCCGUUGCCAUGUGGGGAAUAGAGGACAACAAAAGCUCAGCAUGUGAUUUUACUCCUCACCUUAACUUUCUCGAUGAGCGUCUGUCUGUGGUUCCAUUCCUGCUCUGUGAGUGUCUAAAGAGGAACAACUGGGGUCCUACAGUCUCUAGGCUUUCUACACUCCCUUGACUGUUCCAAACCGACCAUCUCCUCAAGGUCCACGCUGCAGUGUCCCUUUUAUUAAACCCUCUGAUCUUGGCCACAGACCAUGCUCUAGAGUAGCAGGAUCACCAGCAAAGAUAUAUUAUAGAGUGUGUGUGUAUAUAUAUAUAUAUGUAUGUAU